UAUCUCAUUGUAGUUCCCACGGAAGCGAAUGUAUUUCUACAGGAACAUUUAAAUAAUUGGUACUCUUUUAAAGCCUACUACAGCGUAAAAGUGUUAACGGAUAUUCCGGUGCAAAUACUUUGCACAUCAUCUUUCUUGUUAAUAUCAUAUUACAUGACAGGGCAGCCAAUGGUAUUUAAUAGAAUUAUACAGGUGUGGAGCAUUUGUCUGUUAACUGUGAUUCUUGGACAAACGUUCGGGAUAUUUAUAGGCACAGCUUUUGGCACUGUGCCUUCGUUCACCUAGCCCCGCGCUUAGUGUAGAGUUCGUAGAGGAGCUACCUCCACCUCCACCACGUUGUUAUUUUGCCCCUGGUCCUCUUCAAUCACUAGAGUCAAUUCUCUCUUUGCUUCCGAUCUCUUCUGUCCCACUCCCUCCUGGCGCGUUCUCCAUUGGCCCCGACGAAUUUGACCUCGAAGCGGUCCGUGCCUUCCUUUCUCAGUCUCCCCUCGAUGCAUCAGUCCCCGUGUAUCUCCCUCAUAUAUAUCCGAAAUAUUAUUUAAUCCCCAAAUUAAUAUUUCUAAAUCACUUCCGACCCAACACUGCAGUAUUAAAUGAAGUCCCAACAUAGGCACACAUACACGUAUACAUACACGUAUAUUUCUAGAAAGAUUUGUAAAUGGUAACUAUUAUAAGACAAUAGUAUUAUUGUAUUAUUUGUUGUAAGCUCAACUUAAUUGUAUCGCACAUUAUAAUUGUUAAUUUAAAUGGUAUAGUUAAACUCCUUAUUAAUUAAACAACAUUCACCACUUAGUACUACAAAUCUACUCUGUAUUAAACAAUUUGAGUCCAAUUUAGGUUUCCCUUUUUAAUUUAACGAUAUAUAUAUAUAUAUAUAUAUAUAUAUAUAUAUAUAUAUAUAUAUAUAUAUAUAUGUAAAAGGGGGAAACCAACGCUAAUUCAAUCUGUUCAUUUAAAUAAAUAAUCAUAAGAAUAAAAUGUUAAAUUGCCCAGUAAGUCGACAUUGUAUUCUUUAUCAUUAUUCAUUAGAAUAAAUUAUGUAUAACGAUUAAUCUAUCCUAAUUUUUCAACCUGACUCACUAUCCCUCGCUCUAUUAAGUCAAGCACUAAAUCCGAUCCCGAGGUAAAGCAAUUAAAAUUGCUGCCUCAAAACAGGACCAAGGGACGCGAAACGCCCCGGGUAUUUGUCGUUGGGCCCCCGCUGUGGUCCCACUGACCCAUAUACCCCGGGUUGUCGACGCGGCCUGUCGUGCCUUCUGUGCACGUUCUCAAGUUGUUACGUCCCUCCCUUCUCCCCACGUAU